UCACACAACGAUAUUACCAGUACACCUCAACCUUGAGAUUAGAUCCAAAUCUCUCUUCCUUUAUCUUAUCUUUCAUUUCCCAAUUUCCUCCGAAGCCUAACGCUAGACCGGAUUCCUCAAAUUCUCCCUCUCUCUCGCUCUAAAAUGGCCACCGAGGAACCAACAGUCGCGGUGGACUCUGCACCUGAAGCGGCAGAAAACAAGCCGGCCGAGAACAAAUCCGGUGCGAAAUCGGGCAAAACAAGGAAAAGCAAAGAACCCAAAGCCAAGAAAGCUGCAGCUCCGAAGAAACCGCGAGCUCCACCUUCUCAUCCUCCUUACGAAGAGAUGAUCAAAGAUGCAGUUGUUACUUUGAAAGAAAAGACAGGUUCCAGUCAGUACGCUAUUACUAAAUUCAUUGAAGAGAAACAAAAGCAUCUUCCUGGAACUUUUAAGAAGCUUUUGCUUUUCCAUUUGAAAAAGCUCGUGGCUGCCGGGAAGUUGGUUAAGGUUAAGAAUUCGUUUAAACUUCCAUCGGCUAGGUCUUCGAAGCUGGCUACGGCUGCUUCUGCUCCGGCAAAGAAGAAGCCGGCUGCUACUAAAUCAAAGCCUAAACCUGCUUCAAAGGCAAAGGAAGGGAGGAGUACAAAAGCGGCUUCGAAAGCUCCGGCCAAGACGAAAGCUGCUUCUAAGACGAAAACUAAAGCGGCGGCUAUACCAAAGGCGCCUCGUAAGUCGAAGUCUAGCACAACAAAGACGAAGGCGGUGUCGACUCUGAAGCCGAAGGCUACUGCAGCUGCGAAGUCAAAGGCUGUAGCCAAGCCCAAGCCUAAGCCUAAGGAGAAGCCGGUUAAGGCUGCAAGGACUUCAACAAGGACGUCUCCGGGGAAGAAGGCGGCUGUCCCUAAACCAGCCACGAAGAAAGCUCCUGCGCGAGCGCCGGCGAAGAGCGUAAAGCCGAAGACUGUCAAGUCACCAGCGAAGAAAGGCACGACGAGGAGGGGAAGGAAAUGACACGAAAGGAGAGAAAGGACAGGCUAGUUGAUGUAGGGGUAGUUUUGUAAAUUUGAGUGAAGCUUAGUGGGUGUAUUUGGGUCCAUGGAUACCCAUGAAAAUAUGACAUCGGAUCUUAAUCUUUGUUCUUUCUGUUUAAUUUUCUAAAAACUGUUCCGAGUCUUUUAUAUUUUUUUUUUGUUUUUUUUUUGGUCGACGUUGAUUUUCUAAUUUCGUCAGGGGUUGGUAAAACAGGUUUUAGAUGUAAUUUUCAGUUGAAUGGAUUAUGAGAUGAAUUCAGAGCUCUGAUAAUUUUAUCUUGUUA